AUGAAGUUUAUUUUUGCUUUCCUUUUAUUGGCUACGCUCUCCAUGGUGGUAAAUGCUAUUCCACAUCAACUUCUUAAAAGAACUACUUCCUUUCUUCAAUGUCUUCCUGUAAAAUCUAGAGAAGUACCACCACCUCUACUCAAGGUCGUACUUUCACCUGACCCUGUCGCUCCUGGAAAAACUGAUAGUUUUACUAUUUCUGGAACACUAAGUCGUGCUGUCGCCGAUGGCGACAUUACCCAUGUUGCAUUUCUUAAUCCUGUAAAUGAGACUUCCGUAGGUAAUCCAACUAGUGCGCCAACCGACCCUAAAACACCAUUUUCUCAAGUAUUGAAUGUUGAUGUGCCAGCAAAAUUACCCGACCCAUACGGUAUUGCAGUUGUUGUUAGAAAUCCAAACACACAGGAUGUUCUAGGCUGUGCAAUUAGUGUUGUUGGUGGUUCUGCUAA